AUGGCUGGACGAAGAUCUGUUCUGCCCGCCCUUGCUGCACUCCUUGCUCUUGCGGCUGUGGCCCAGCUCUCCUUCGGAACGAAUUUCGUGGCGCCGCCAUCGGCCAAAGCGGCGUCCCAGGUGCAAAACAACGCGGCAGCUGCUGGUGUCACCGCUGGCCUCUUCUUGGCGGAGCCCGCGUAUGCGAACGUUUGGGAUGAUGAGAUCUUCCCUUACUCUGUGACCAUCUCCUUUGCGAUCAUCUGGGGCAUCAUCCUCGGGUUCGUGCUGCUCCGCCUGCAGGAGGCUUUCCCCGAGUGA